AUGUCCUCUGCUCAAGAUUCCGCCACCAAGAUCUCUAUCGAUAGAUUCGAUGGAGACAACUACGCGACGUGGAGCCGCUACAUGCGUGGCGUGUUCCUGACCAAGUCGACGUGGCACGUGGUCAACCGGGAGACCACCCCCACCUUCGCCGAUCCUCGCGCCAGUGAUGAGUACGUCAAGACGAACAACAUUGCGUUCGGCUUGAUGUUACUUCACAUGAGCGCGGACUAUCAUCACGUGGUUGAUGACUGCGACGAGGCAUGGGUUGCGUGGACACGGUUGAAGACUCUCUACGGCGGAUCGCAGAAGGCGGGACGGAUCUUCUUGAAGCGGCAGCUGUUCAGCAUGGAGAUGGCGGAAGGCGGCAAUGUGAUGCAUCAUUGCAAUGAAGUUCUCAACAUCAGCGCCAAGCUCAGCAGCAUCGGCGCCAAGAUGGAGGAUGAGGACGUGGCGAUCUGCUUGUUGUGCAGCCUCCCCAAGAGCUACGAGAACGUCGUGCUGAACUUGGAGAUGAGCAGCGCGGAACUGCGGACGCAAGACGUCGUGAAAGUGCUGACGAAUGAGCACAUCAAGAGACAAGGGAAAAAGACGACAUCGGUGAAAACUGAAGAAGCGACCAAGGCCUUCAGUACCGAGCGUGAGGUUCGUCAGUGUACGUUCUGCGGAAAAUUGGGGCACACGGUGGAAAAGUGCUGGACCAAGCAGAAGGAAGACAAUCGGGGAGCUCGACGCGGCGGCAAUGCACGUGGACGCGGAGCGAAUCAAGUUCAGUGGCAAGGCUUCAACGGCAACAGCAACUGUGACUAUGACCGAGUGGCGUUUGCUGUUUCGCUGGAAUGCGGACUUUCAACGACCAAGAGCAUGUCUGGAAUGUGGGCGAUUGAUAGCGGUGCAACACAUCACAUCUGCUAUGACAAGUCCAAGUUCGAAUUUCUGGACGAGCGCAAUGAAGGCGAAGUGUUGGUUGCAGAUGGGAACAAGGCUGCGAUCAACGGUGUCGGGACAAUCAUCGAAAAGGUGACCCUGUCUAACGGUGAAGAGCGCGAAGUCGAGAUCAAGAACGCGCUUUACGUCCCAAGCAUGAACAAGAACUUGCUGUCGAUACCACAAAUCAACAAAAGCGGCAAGUUUCAAGUGUUGUUUGAUGGUGACGAGAUGAAGAUUUCGCACAAAGGCUCCAAGCAAGUAAUAGCUAUGGCCGAUCUUGUGGAUGGCCUCUACUGGCUUCGUACAUCCCAACGAUCGGUGAAUGCGGCUUCAGGACCAAGAGUCGAAAACCUUCAUGCGCGUAUGGGCCACGCACCGAUUGAUGUCUUGUGCAGAAUGGUCUCCAAGGGCAUGAUCAAGGAUGCCAAGAAGCCAGAAAAAUUGAGCGUAUCAAGCGUGUGUCAAGGUUGUCUAGAAGGAAAAAUGGUUCAACGACCGUUCCCGAGCAACCCAAACAAGCGCCACUACGAUCCGUUUGAGCUUCUACACAUCGACACUUGUGGUCCAAUGGAAGUCGACUCGCUAGGUGGAAGCAAAUACUUGCUGCUGAUCGUCGAUGAAGGCAGCGGAUGUAUGAAGGGUUUCAGUCUGCGCGCCAAGUCCGACAGCGAAGAGUGCAUCAAGAAGUACAUCAUGGCAGUACAGACGCAGUUUGACUACAAGGUCAAGUUCGUUCGACACGAUGGUGCACGAGAAUUUGCGGCGAAUUCGCUCAAGGCAUUUUACGAUGAUCAAGGAAUCGAGCAGCAAGUUACCGUUCCGUAUGCGCAUCAGACCAACGGCACGGCGGAACGGGCAAUUCGAACUAUUGUGACGAUCGGGCGCAGCAUGCUUCACUACGCCAAGCUGGACAAGUGUUUUUGGGCUGAAGCAGCAAUGACGGCAAUCUACAUCAAGAAUCGCCUACCAUCGCCCAAGUGCCAAGAUCAAACCCCGUUCGAGAUCGUCAACGGAUUUCGACUAAGUGUGAAGCACAUGCGGGUUUUCGGCUGCCGAACGUUUGUGCUGACCCCUAAGGAAAAGAGAUCGAAAUGGGAUCCGAAGGCUCGUGAAGGACUAUUCAUGGGGUACGAAGAAGUGUCAAAGGCAUAUCGCGUUUACGACAUUGAAGCGGAUCAAGUGGUGAUAUCUCGCGAUGUCACAUUCGACGAAUCAACACUUGGUUUCUCGCCGAGACUACCACAAGGAAUAGUUGAUGACACUGCGCUGGAUAUCGAAUCGAUGAACAUCAGCGAUGAGCCUCACCCCAUGCAGUUCAAGCAAACUGGAAAACGCAAAAGCCGUUCAAACAGUCAAGAACAAGUUCUACAACGGACACUUCUUGAGCGUCGUGGAACCGGAUUAGAAGAAGCAAGUGCCCCGGAUGACUCUGAAUCGCACCAAGCGAAGCGACGAUCAAGCGCUCGAGACAAUCUGGACGAAGAGCAAAAGGGCAGUGACGAAGAUAACGAGGAUGCUACACCUCAAGUCUUUUGGCGAGCGAGUGCCAAUGCAGUCGAAGGUACUGACUUGUCUGAGCCGACAACGUUUGGAGAUGCUGUUAGUGGACCAGAUCAAGUGCAUUGGCGUAAGGCAAUCUGUGCCGAGUUGGACUCGAUGAAACUUCGUGGCGUGUUUCGAGCGACCAAACUGCCGUCUGGACAGCAUACCAUUGGCACCAAGUGGGUAUUCAAGAUCAAGCGGAAAGCUGACGGAUCCAUCGAGAAAUGCAAGGCGCGCCUCGUGGCAAAAGGGUUCAAGCAGAAAUAUGGCAUCGACUACACGGAAACGUUUUCGCCGGUAGUCAAGUACGUGACGCUGCGCAUGGUGGUUGCAAUCACGAAGUACUUUGGCUGGACACUGGACCAACUGGACGUGGUGACAGCUUUCCUUUACGGAGAAAUGAAGGAAAAGGUAUUCUGCGCGAUCCCAGAAGGAGUCGAAGUUGAUGAAGACUUUGACUGCUUUGAACUGGUCAAGGCGAUCUACGGACUAAAACAAGCAUCGCGCGUAUGGAACGAGACUUUUCAUGAGUUCGUCUGCUCCAUUGGAUUUCAAGUCUCCGAUUUUGACCCGUGUCUUUAUCUCAAGAUUACAAGUGGCGAGUGCGUGCUUUUGCUGGUAUACGUCGAUGAUGUGUUGGUGACUGGCAGCUCAACCGAACUGAUUAUGCGCACCAAGAGUGACUUAAAGGCGCGUUUCGAAAUGACCGACAGUGGGAAGUGCGCAUUCGUGUUGGGCAUCGAGCUGGUGGACAACGACGACGGUAGCGUGACGAUGUGCCAGCGACGCUACGUGGAAGAUGUUCUCAAGCGUUUUGGCAUGAGCGACUGCAAAGCCGUCACCAGCCCAACAGACAUCAGUUCUCGACUCAUACCAAGUACCGCAGCAACUAAAAUCGACGCCCCGUUUCGUGAAGCAGUAGGCGCUCUGAUGCACUUGAUGACCGCGACACGACCGGACAUUGCCUUUGCUGUGAGUUACGUUUCGCGCUUCAUGGAGAACCCCCAAGUCGAGCAUUGGAUGGCGGUCAAGCGCAUUUUGCGAUACUUACAAGGGACUAAGUCGCACGGUAUCUGUUUCAAGCCUGAUGACAAGAUAGACUUUUGUGGCUACUCGGAUGCAGACUGGGCCGGCGACCAUGCAGACCGCAAGUCGACUUCAGGAUACGAGUUUAUCCUGAUGGGUGCUCCGGUGAGCUGGGUAAGCAAAAAGCAGUCAAGUGUGUCGCUGUCAACAAGUGAAGCUGAGUACAUUGCACUAAGUCUGGCGAUUCAAGAAGGCAAGUGGGUGCAUCGAUUGCUGUGCGAGAUUCUGGAUGCCGCAGAGGACAAGUCUGGACCCGAGCUCAAGAUCAUGGAAGACAACCAGUCGUGCAUCAAGAUGACGAAGAAUCCGGUGAACCAUGGUCGGGCCAAACACAUCGACAUCAAGUACCACCACAUUCGUGAUGAAGUCAAGCGUGGUGAUGUCAAGUUGGAGUACUGUGAGACUACGAUCAUGUUGGCGGACAUCAUGACGAAGGGACUGCCAGGACCGCGCCACAAGGACUUGACGGAAGCGCUCGGCAUACACGCGUGUUCGCAUUGA